AACCUAACUUGUGAACCAUCUCUGACACGUUUGGUACCAGAACUUCUCUCCUUCAUCUAACCCUUGAAGAGGGAAUUACGGGUUUUCCCAACUUGUUAUUCUUUCAGAAACCCUAGUUUUUCCCUCUUCCCACUGUCUCUUCUCUUCUGUUUCUUCUGCUACUCGAUUCAACAGGCUCUGAUUCAUCUCAGGUUUGUUGGGUUAUUCUUCUUUUUCAGUUCCGCUUUUGGCAUUGGACUCAGCAAUGUCGAGUUUGGAGGAGCCACUAGGUCUUGACAACUUCCCAAACUUGGGUUGUAUUGAUAGGGUCAGGAGGUUCUCCUCUACUGCUUGCAGGCCUAUACCGGAUGACAUAGGAAUGGGAAAUUGCUGGAUUGAGGGAAGGAGUUGCAGCUCAUCCAACAGUUGCAAUGAAGAAUGUACAAGAGAGACAUUUUCAUGGAGGAGACAGACCCGGGAGGGGUUGCGUGGAGACUCCUUAAAGCGAAGGACUUUAAGCUUGGGUCGGAACCAUAGGGUAUUUGGAGGUGUUUGUGAUUCAUAUGUACCAGAUCGCCACUAUUGCUCUGAGUGCAGUGACAAUGAUGUAAGGGGCGUAACGAGUAAGUUAUUACGUGGAUUACCAAGCUAUGUAAAGAUUGUGGAAGUUGCCCCAAGGGAUGGAUUGCAGAAUGAGAAAAAUAUGGUGCCUACAGCUGUAAAAAUUGAAUUGAUACAGGGAUUAGUUUCUUCUGGGUUGCCUGUUGUUGAGGCAACGAGUUUUGUCUCACCAAAAUGGGUACCACAGCUGGCAGAUGCGAAGGAUGUAAUGGCAGGCAUCCGGAAUGUGGAGGGUGCUAGAUUGCCUGUGUUGACCCCUAACCUUAAAGGGUUUGAAGCAGCUGUGGCAGCUGGAGCGAAGGAAGUGGCAAUCUUUGCCUCAGCCUCCGAAUCCUUUUCAAAGUCAAACAUUAAUUGCAGUAUUGAGGACAGUCUUGAGCGUUAUCGGGCUGUUGUUCAUGCUGCCAGAAAGCUGUCAAUUCCUGUUCGUGGUUAUGUAUCAUGCGUUGUUGCAUGCCCUGUGGAAGGCCCAAUUCCUCCAUCAAAUGUAGCAUAUGUGGCGAAAGAGCUUUUUGACAUGGGUUGCUUUGAGAUCUCCCUAGGUGAUACAAUUGGUGUUGGAACACCUGGUUCUAUUGUUCCAAUGCUUGAAGCUGUAAUGGCUGUUGUACCUGUUGAGAAGCUUGCAGUGCAUUUCCAUGACACUUAUGGGCAAUCUCUUUCUAAUAUUUUGGUGUCCCUCCAAAUGGGGAUUAGUAUAGUGGACUCAUCUGUCGCUGGUCUUGGAGGCUGUCCAUAUGCUAAAGGUGCUUCUGGGAAUGUGGCAACUGAGGAUGUUGUCUACAUGCUCAAUGGACUUGGGGUGAAGACCAAUGUGGAUCUUGGAAAGCUCCUGUCCGUUGGAGAGUUCAUCUGUAAGCAUUUAGGUCGCACAUCUGGGUCGAAAGCAGCAAUUGCGCUUGGCAAAAUCACAGCAGAUGCCUCUAAGAUCUAAUUAUACAUUGGAAUUAGAUUAUCCAAUUUGAAAAAAAAAUAAAAAAUGAAUAGAAGUUAAUAAAGAAUUUUGCCAUCGGCACUGUACUUGAUAUAUGAAUGUAAACAAUGUAAACUCAGAGGCCCAGUUCCAGUGAAAAUUAUACUGGGUCUCUUGUUUGGAAUGGGGGUAUAUUCUCUAUCCUAAAUAAAGUUGUAGCUGUAAAUUGCAUCAA